AAAUCAUAUUAUAUAGUUGUGGCUACUACAAGGAGAUUGCCUUCAGAUUCAGGAGCUUUUGCUGAUUGGGCAGCAACUUCAUCUUCUACACCUCGUCCUGCCGCUCCCGAAGAUCUCUCACUCGGUUUCAAUGCCGGUCCUACCGCCGGAAACACCGGACCUUCCACCGGACCCACCGCCGGGUUAUGGCAAGGUUCCUCUAGAGCCAUCAAUUACGGACCAGAAAUGGGUAUGUUCGUUGUAGCACCGUCUCCUUUUCAUCACCACCAUGAAUCUCUCAUCUCCGAUACUCAUCCUCAUUCUCUUAACCCCGCCACCGCUCUCGGCGUCGGUGUUAUCCCUUUACUCUCCGCUUCACCUUGUCUUGAAAAUGAAAACUUGUUAAACUUAAACAACAGAAGAAACCAUAGCCAUAAUCAAAACCAAAACCAUCAAGGAAUUCAAUUUUGGCAUGAACCGCAACCACAACAGCAUCAUCAACAUCAUCAGCAUCAUCAACAACAAAAUUCACACUCACACUAUUUGAAAAAACAAGGCUUUCUUGAUCAUCAUAAUACAAGUCCAACGAAUUUAGUUCAUCACGGUGGUGGUAGUGGCGGUGGAGGGUUAACUGGUUCUGGCACAAGCAGUGGUGGAGGAACAACAACGUGUCAAGAUUGCGGUAACCAAGCGAAGAAAGAUUGUAGUAAUAGAAGAUGUAGAACUUGUUGUAAAAGUAGAGGUUUUGAUUGCCCUACUCAUGUUAAAAGUACUUGGGUACCUGCUGCUAGAAGAAGAGAACGUCUUGCUUCUGCGACCACAACCACGGUGGUUGCUGGUGGUGGCUCUAGUGGUUCAACAUCCGGUGCUAAAAAACCUAGACUCAUAGCUUCACAAACUACUUCUCACACUUCCACUUCUAAUACUACACCCCCUAGAAGCUUUGACACUACCUCUAGCCAUCAAGAUGCAGGUUUCAAAGAGUCAAUGCCGGGUCAAAUUCGCGCACCAGCCGUAUUCAAGUGCGUUAGAGUAACAUCGGUAGACGAUGGAAAAGACGAGUAUGCGUAUCAAGCCGUAGUGAAGAUCAAUGGCCAUGUUUUCAAAGGUUUUCUCUAUGAUCACGGUGUCGAGAAUAGAGAAGUUUAUCCUAACCUCUCCGAGCUUCAUUUAGGUGGCGGAAGUGGUAAUAGCGGAGGUGCAAAUAGAAAUGUUGCUCCAUCUUCUUCACCAAUGUUAGAUCCUUCUCAUGAUGUUUAUGCAGCAGCUUCAAGUGGAGGUUUACUUGGAAAUUCAGGUUAUGGUGGUAAUCAAAUAAAUUGAAUUUUCUUAAUGUUAAUUUUUCCAAGUAAAGCAAAGUAUUUAUAGUUAUACUUGGAGAAGAUUUAUGAUAUUUGUAGUAGUAAUCUUGGAGGGUGGGAAAAUUAAUUAAUUUUCUUCUAUAUUUUCAUCUAUAUUUUCUUCUAUAUAGAAUUUGUACCUUAUUGCAUA